AUGGCCAUCUCAUCGUCGCUGCAUCUCAGCCCAUGGGCUAUCAAGACCAUGCUACUUCUAUCAGUCUUCAGUGGCACCCAGGCCGCUUCCAUCGAGAAUACGCAGCCGCUCAAAGGCAAAGGCUUCAUAGGCCGCGCUGUCCAGGCCAAUCCUUUGAGGCCAAAGACGACCUAUGAGCCAGCCUCGCAGUCCUACCAUCGCGACUCGGGCAACACACGCUCUGAGGACUACCCGGGCCCCCUUGGCAAGAACAUCAAGGUUGAGACCUUUAGCAGGGCUCCUCCGAUCCCCCUUUUCUGGGACUCUGAGGGCCGCAUCACUGCUGGAGCCGUGUGCAGGGAGGCGACGGCGUGUAUCGUGGCCCUCAAUCCCAAGACAUAUGAGGUCGAGGCUUCAUACCCGGCCCCCGAUGAGCCGUCGGCCGAUUUGGACAUGGUAUCAGUGGUAUACAUGCAGAUACUGGACGGCCAUGUCACGGUUCCGACUCGAGGACGGCACGUUAUUGACGUGGAGCGCGUCACGGACGCAACCGGCAAAACUUCAUUUGUCAAGAGGCGCGACAUUGACCUCUCCAAGGUUACGGACGAGGGUUCCAGAAUCAUCGGCAGCGCCUACGACGCCGAGGGAAACCUCUGGUUCACGACAGGGGGAUACGUCGGUGUCAACCUCCCCACGACAGGAAGCACCGAUGUCGGGUAUGUUGAUCCGGAGGGCAAGGUGCAUUCCAUCAACUUCCCCAACACCCGAGCCGAGAACAACUUUGCCAUUAGCGGGACAGACGUGUACCUGAUGCUGGGCCCAGCGGCGGAAGCUGACACGGCCGACGCCACUGCCUACUUUUACGGGUUCAAGCCGACUAAGGACGGCGUCAAGAUUGCCAUGGCGGUGCCCUACCAGGCCGGUGAUGGGGUCAAGCAGGGUGGUGUAUCGCGCGGCUCCGGAUCUACGCCCUCCCUCCUCGGAGAAAAGUAUGUCGCUUACACGGACAAUGCCAAUGAGCAGGUGAGCCUACACAUAGUCCCGCAGAUGCCCGUCGGUGGAAAUGGAACCAAGCCGGUGUGCUCGAUGCCACUGUUCAAGCGUGGUGCCAGCGCCAACGAGAACACCAUCCUUAACCACUGGGACGGUGGCUCCAAGUACAGUGUCAUUAUGGGAAACUACUAUAACGGCGUUCCGCUGUAUGUGGUUGACAACACUACCAUCUUUGGUGACGGCAACAAUCUGAACGCCGAGACUAUCAACGGACCUUUCAACAACAUUGCCCAGAUGACCCCAGGACUCUCGCGUAUCGAAUAUGACGAAGAGACAGGAAAGUGCACGACGCUCUGGACAAACACCAACAUCCGUGGUACUGUCACUCCAGUGCUAUCCACGAAGACAGGCUUGCUCUACAUGCAGGUACAGGAUUGGGAACUUGCUCGCAAGGGACACUACGUGUACUACAUCACUGCUAUCGACUACAGGACUGGCAACGAGGUGUGGAAGGUCAGAACCGGCGCUGGGGGAUCCUUCAACUAUAACCUCCACUCGCCCGUGCUGACGUCUGACGGAGGAGUCGGGUCGCAUGCUGUCGGAGGCUUUAUCAAGGUUAAGGACGGGAGGAGCUCCUGA